UUAUAUUUCCGGUGUCGACUGUCGUGUUUAUUUACAACUGCACUUAUUUGUAACUUUAUUAAUGGUAAAAAUUGUUUAAAUCGUGUAAUUUAGGAAUUUCAAUAAAAAUGGACAGAAACCAAAUUAAAGUAGAGUCUGGUGUUCAGUUACUAGCUCGAUUAACAAAAAAAACAGAAAUUGAAGGAUUUUAUCCAGUUCUGUUUAAUUCUGGACCAAAGUUUAAUGAAGUAAUUGAAAUGUUAAGCAAUAUCAGCAUGUCGACUCUCCUUAUAGAUAUGAUUUGUGAGGCAUUACUCCCAAUCAGAUUAGGCGGUUCUCAACUAAGUGUUCUAAUAUUUAAUACUGACGGAGAUUUGAAUUAUGAUGCUUUGAUAAAAUGUCUGCGUAAAAAGAUUUGUUCUUGCUUAUCUUAUGAACCCUCAGAAAUAUAUAAUACAGAACAAUUUAAAAGUUUGUUUAACGAAACAAUCUGUAAUUUACACAUAUUAGAAAUUUAUGAUGCUACUCAAUUUUAUACCACUAUGUAUAACUUGGAAAAUAUUUUGACAGAACAUUCAGACAUUUCUUUGGUUAUAAUUGAUACAUUAACGGCAUUUUAUUGGUCAGAACAAGGAUACAAAAUAACAAAAAUGGAUUUGUAUUUAAGAAAUUUACUCCAAAUAAUUCGGAAAGUUAUGAAAGACUAUAAAAUAACAGUGCUUUAUACAAGACCUGAAUAUUUUACCUCAAAUAAAGACACAACAGAAAAAUUUGAAAGAUAUAAUUUUGACCCUACCAUGGAAGGAGUUGAUUACCAUAUUCAAUUAACAUUUGACAAUAGUAUAUACAAUCUCACUGUGGUAACAUCUGAAUUUAAUAUAAAAAGACACUUUACUAUGUUAGAUAAUACAAUUCAUUGGAUGUUAGAACAAUAAAUAUGCCAAUAUGCUAGAUAUAGAGGAGUGUUUUUUUCAUAAUUAUCAUGGAACCAAAAGUCAAUAGCAAUUUAUCUAUUACUAAUAAAUCUUAUAAUUAUAUUAAGUAAAUUUUAAGAAGUAAAUGAUACUCCAUUUUUUUUAGUAUGAUGCUAACAAUGUGAUUGAAUUUUCUAGAAUUAUAGUAUAAUUAUAACUCAUGAAUGAUAUUUUUCAAUAUUCUGUAAGAUCAGAAUAAACAUCUAUGUAUUAAUUUCCUGUUUUAAUUAUUCUUACUAAGCUAAGCUAUAACAUGUGAAGUAUAGAUAUA